AUGGAGACCGCCCACCGCUGCAUAGCCUACAAGAAUGCAUUUGGGUUGCCCAGCUUGGUUGGGUUGAUGGCGCUCCUUGCUUCAGCAGCAGCAACAGCAGCAGUAGUAACUGGAGCUUCAGAGACGACAAAUGUGGCUUCAAGCGGGACAGAUACGCUGCCGAUUGCCAUGUCUCAGGAUGGGAAUGUGCAUCUCCAUCCCUCCAUGUCUUCGACUCCGGUUGGGAGAAAGUUUUUGGGGGGCUUCGAGCCCUCGGCGAUUAGAAAGCUCCAGAGGCAGCGGAGAAGUAGUCAACGCAUGGCUGUUGCCGCCAGCUUGGCGGCGGUUGCGUGUUUAGCAGUGGCUUUUGUCGUAUUACAGUGUGCACGGAAGGCUCUGUUCCCCAUGGUGUCUGGCUCCAUAGGUAGCAGGGCUCUCUCCGAUUCAGAUUUGGAGGACGAGCAAGAAAGUGACUGCGUUGAAGAAGAGGAGGAUGAGGAAAGUGACGAGGAGGCAGAGAGUGAGGAGGGAGCACAGGAAGCACAAGGAGCACAGGAAGCACAGGGAGCACAGGGAGCACAGGAAGAAACCCCUACAGAGACAAGCGGAGAAUCAGUGGCUCUCCAGGCAUUGCAGGAGUUGGAAGGCAUCAUACCUCUUGGGUGGGAACUGGCGGAAUAUUUUCCCUUCGAUAAGAAGGACUCUAUGUUUGUCUCGCUGUUGACGAUCUGCACGCAAGAGUUGAUUAUCAAUGGGGCGCAUUCAACUCCCGCAGUUGAGUUGCAGCGGCAGAAGACGAUUGACUUCAUUGUGGACGAGGGAGAGCAGGCUGUGGCACAACUAGAAGCUACUGGGUCCAGGUUUAAUACACUUCAGCGGGGGAAAGAAAUUUCUCGCACCACAAAGAAAACGAAGGGCCCCUAG